AUGGAGGAGUUAAGUUUCUUUUUUGGUCUCCAGGUUCGGCAGAUAGAAAGAGGAACGUUCAUCAACCAAUCCAAGUAUACAAAGAAGUUGCUAAAGAAAUUUGGGAUGGAAUACUUCUUUGCAACUUCCACUUCUAUGAGCUCAUCAAUCAAGCUAGAUAAGGAUGAACAUGGUCAAGGAGUGGACAUCACAACCUAUCGUGGAAUAAUCGGAUCACUUCUAUACCUAACAACUAGUCGACCGAACAUUCUGUUUGGGGUCGGAGAUUCAAGAUGUAGGACUGUGGUAUCUGAAGUAUCUAGUUUCAAUAUAACGAGCUACUCUGAUGCAGAUUAUGCAGGUUGUAAAAUCGACCGUAAGAGUACUAGUGGGACAUGCCAGUUCUUUGGUGACCGACUUGUUUCCUUGUAUAACAAGAAGCAAACUUCAGUUGCAACUUCAACGGCAAAAGCAGAGUAUCUUACAGCCGGCAGCUAUUGUGCUCAACUUCUAUGGAUUCAACAGCAACUGAGGGACUUUGUUAUUACGACUGAGAAAACUCCAAUUUUCUGUGACAACACCAGUGCAAUAGCGUAA